AUGCUUGCGACGGCGGCGGUGUAUGAUACGAGGAGAAAGGAUGAGCGGUUGUUGCAGUGGGAUCAGGCGAUUGAGGAGGUGAGGUCGGGGAAGGACCUGGCGAGUAUCUCGACGCCGGGUCGGGUCUCGAUAGGGAAGGCGGCGGAUGAGGAGUCGAAUAUUAUGGGGAAUGAGGUAGAGGAGUAUACGCCGGAUGCGAAUAUAUGUCGGAAGCUAGAAGAGGGCGCCACGACGGUGCGGAAACUCAUGAGUUUUGUGCCGAUGCCGAUUCUUGAUGCACCCCAGUCGACGCCGAGGCGGAGGGAAUCGAUGACUCCAGUGUGGGACGAACUGGAGGGUAUUCUGUGGGAAAGCGUUCAAGAGUCGGGGAAUUGGAAUAAUAUAAACCAGGCGAAUCGGCGGGGGGGUUCUACAAAGGAGAGAUCCCCGGUUGCAGUGGAAAGCGAUCGCAGGCUACUGGAAGGGAGUGAAUUCGCCGCUUCGACAAUGUCGCAUUGGGAGCCCCGGACGACAUAUCAACUGGAUCGACUGGCGCGCAACGUCAACGCGCUCGUGCACGAACUUUGGCAAGCUACAUCAAUGGGGCAAAAAGGAAGCGCAAAGCGCGGAGUCGGAACAGAUGCGGUGAUGGACACUGAGGUGGAGCCCAGGUCUGAAAUCAGGCGGCUGACAGAGCUCAUGAUGCCGAUGUUGGAUGGCAGUACGCCAGCGCCGGAGUAUCCCAGGGUGGGCACCGUGGGGAGCAAUUCGGACACGACAAGUCUAAACGCAACACUGGAUUCUAUUACAAAGACACUGGGCUUCAAGGAGCGCAAUUAUGAUUUGAUGAUUGCGAAUAUCUGCUACAACCUCCUAACCUCGACAUCGGUGCCAAACGUCGCCACAUACGAGCUAUUGAUCCAGGCCUUCACGAAGCUACGACAACCCGAACUCGCCGAGGUAGUGGUGCACCAGUUCAAAAACAACGGAUUGCGUCCGGACGAGGGAAUACUAUCCGCGAUACUCGUGCAUUACGGGAUGUCACGCGACCCCGAGAAGUUCUACACAACAGUCCGGCAAAUGGCCGGGCUAGAAGACGGCCUCGGGUUCGAAAGACACCAUAUCUUCGACCUAACCAAGCCCACAGUUCAGAAAUGGGCGCUGGACACAGACGUCAUACACCGCGACGGCUACCUACAGCAAAAAGCGCACCGGAACUCGGAUAUCUUCGAGUCUCUGAUCCGAGGCUGCAUGACUUUCCACAACCUGGACGGCGCGCUGCGUUACCUCAAGACAGCCAUCAAAGAGGGGUGUUACGUGCGCACCCAGGUCUUUGCCGAUAUAGUUUAUUACAGCCUCACCUGCCCCGAGCGGACCAGCGCGCUCCUGCGCAUCGUCACCGCGCUAUCGUGGCAGUUUGGGAAGAAGGAGAAGCCUGGCGGCGGGCUGGACUAUAAUUCCGAUGUGCGGGGUAAGAUCCACGAUGUGCUUGAAGCUUGUGGUCUGGGCUCCGCGUUGUCGGGGGCGGUAGACGCGGCAGAGGUGAUUCUGGAUGUCAAGCACCCGCUGGCGAGGUAUAUAUAUCCCGAGCAGUUCGCGGCGAUGAUACGGCACUUCCACGCCGAGGAGGCCAAGGAUAUGGCGAGCUACCGGGCACGGAAGGUGCCGUUGCCUCAUCCGUCCUGGGUGCGAAGUGAUGGGGAGGUGAGCCGGACGCGGAUAGAGGAGAUACCCAGGGAAUUUGGAAGUAUGUUGAUAGCGGACACGCCUAGCUUUGUGAAGAUUUCGAAGCUGGUGGAGGAGGACGGAUGGGGUGAGGCGGAUGGAGGGGCGUUUAUGACGCCUUCCCGGGUGGAGGUUGAUGAAUCUAAAUCCAACUUUCGACCUAUGGCGGUGACUUCUGGGCCAGUUGGAGCUUUCAGGGAGGAGUAUGCCGAGGAGGGGCCGCUGGCGGGGUAUGAAGAAGAUGAAGAAGAUGAAGAAGAUGAAGAAGAUGAAGAAGAUGAAGAAGAUGAAGAAGAUGAAGAAGAUGAAGAAGAUGAAGAAGAUGAAGAAGAUGAAGAAGAUGAAGAAGAUGAAGAAGAUGAAGAGCUAUUUUGA